AUGGAUAUAUCCGAAAUCUCCAAUCGGCUUUUGCCGGAACCCAAGAGAUUCCCAGACUGCUGCUUGGCCAUCUCCAGCACUUUGAUCGCCUAUCUUGCUUCGCUCCUCCCCAAAAAACCCGCAUUCACCAUCUCAGUCGGCAGCGGAUCUGGUCUCCUCGAAGGUCUCAUCGUGCAUUACGACAAGAAUGUGUCCGUCGAGGGUGUUGAGGUGGACUCAACUAUUAAUCGGUACAUUACCGAAGAAGAUAUGAAUAUCGUUGGCGGAGGUUGGGGCCUUUGGCCUGCCGCCCAACAGGCUACAGCGUGGAUGUUUGUCUACCCACGCGAUCCAAAACUCAUCACCAAAUAUAUUGAUACCUAUGGUGAUCAAAAUGUUGAUUUCAUUGUCUGGCUCGGGCCUCGGGUCGAUUGGCCAGAUUAUGAGCCGCGUUUCUGUCAAUCUCCAUUCUCCGAGUUGAGUUUUCCAGAUCAUAUUGGACUAACACCAUACGAGACUGUGGUUGUUGCUAGAAAACCAUGA